GCCAAAGAUGCUGCUGCCUUCGCACGGCUUUUGCAGUUGGUGCGCGGCUGGCCUACCGGCUCGUCUCAGAUUGUUCGUCGCGUCGCCCCGCGCCGUCAUGCACCGCGCUAUGCCGUCGCUCUCAUAGUGAUUGUUUAGUUUGUCGGCCGACCUCCUCGACAGGUGUGUGUGUGCGCGCGCGCGCGCGCGCCUUGCCUCGGGAAGAGAGUAACCCGUCGACGAAUGUCCCCCAGUGACGCGUUAGGGCUGUGAAGGAGAGAUCCGGAAGCGACGAGUCACCAGCGGACGAGUCAGUAGCAGACCAUCGAUGGCGGCCGCGAGUUUCCCGCCGAACUUCUCGAACGUCGGUGUACUGGAGAACUGCGCCGGCAUGGAGGCGACAAACGGCGCGAUCGAGCACGACUUCCACAACACGUUGAUGCCGAUCAACGGUAGCCAUUCGGGCAGCUCCGGCAGGAGUACGCCGAACGGGGGCGACCCGGCACCUGGGAAGCUCUUCGUAGGCGGCCUCUCUUGGCAGACCAGCAGCGAGAAGCUGAAGGAGUACUUCGGCAUGUUCGGCACCGUCACCGACGUCCUAAUCAUGAAGGAUCCAGUUACACAGCGUAGCCGCGGUUUCGGCUUCAUCACGUUCGCCGAGCCCGGCAGCGUCGACAAAGUCCUCAAGUGUCCCAUCCACACCCUGGAUGGCAAGAAGAUCGAUCCGAAGCACGCGACCCCGAAAAACCGCGCGAAACAGGCCAACCGCACCAAGAAGAUCUUCGUAGGCGGUGUCAGCCAGGACACCAGCAGCGACGAGGUGAAGGCAUACUUCAAUCAGUUCGGCAAGGUGGAGGAGACGGUGAUGCUGAUGGAUCAGCAGACGAAGCGGCACCGCGGCUUCGGCUUCGUCACAUUCGAGAACGAGGACGUCGUCGACCGUGUAUGCGAGAUACACUUCCACACGAUCAAGAACAAGAAAGUCGAGUGCAAGAAGGCGCAGCCGAAGGAGGCGGUGCAGCCGUCGGCGCUCGCCCUCGGCAAGAGGGUGGUGCUCGGCGCCCUCGGCGUGCGGCUAGCGCCCCAGCCGCCGUUGCCGGUCGCGGCGGCCUCGCAGAUCGUAGCCGCCCAGGCCCAGGCCCAGGUGCAAGCGGCCGCGGCCGCGGCGGCGGCGGCGCAGGUGCAGAACGCGGUGGCCGGUUACAGCAAGCUCUUCGCCGGCGGUUAUCCGGCGUUGUCAGCGUAUCGAUACGCCCCGUACCCGAUACCGGCGGCGGCGCACAUCCUUGGUUCCUACUUAGAUUAA